CCGUUAGAGAGGCGGGAAGGCGCCCGAGGUUUGAAAGCUGCGGGUGCGGCCGCUGCUAGCAGCUCCGCGCGGGGGGCGGCCCGGCUCGAGCCGCAGAAGCGUGGCGGCAGCAGUACCGCGGGAACGCUGCCGGUAGUAUCCCGUGCGGAGCCUUCUGGCCAGGAUAGCCGCCGCUGCGGCGGCAAAGGAAACCUAGCUACCUCCGUCACUGGUUGGUGACGGAGGCGACGUAAAGGAAUACAGUUGCUGUGGUUGGCUUGCGUCUCGGCACAGUGUUUGCUUAUACGUUGAAGCAUCAUGUCUGCUGUAAAGACAGAAGAUGAAAUAACCGUUGUUGAGCGGGAAAUGAAAGAAUUUUGGACUGAAUUAAAAAGCGUUUAUGGCACCGAACAAAUCAAUCAGACUUUAGCACUGAGGGACUCGUGCAAGGAGUCCAUAAAGGUGCUUUCAGAGAGAUGGGCCAAGAAGCUGAAAGAAGGGGACCUGAUGAUUGAUAAAAUUCAGGAGUACAGAAAUGAGAUCCUCCAGCAGAACAAACACAUAUCAGAAAAUGAAAAACAUUUGACGGAAAUAAAAUCUAACCUAAACCGUGAAGAAGAGCAAAAGAAGGAGUUGACUGAGAGUAUCCAAGAGCUUAAAGAAGAGUUGAUGAAGAAAAAUGAAAUAAUAUCUUCUAAAAACAAAGCCUCUAAAGAGAGAGUGGAACGAUUGUGCAAGUCUAAAGAGCUAUUUGAAGAGCGGCUUGGAUUGGAAAUACGCAGAAUUCAUAAUGAACAGUUACAGUUUAUAUUCAGACAUAUUGACCACAAAGAUCCCGACAAGCCGUAUAUGUUUACACUUUCCAUAAAUGAACAGGGAGAUUAUGAAGUGACUUCAUGUACUCCUCCUCUGGAUUGUAUAUCAGAGUUCCAGUUGAAAGUGAGAGAAACUAACAAUUUUUCUGCAUUUAUUGCCAACAUCAGAAAAGCCUUCACUGCUUUAUCUUUUAAACAGUCUACUUAAACCUAACUUAUAACUGCUUCUAGCUAUAAAGCACUUUUAUUUUUCCUUCCUGUGCUGUGAAAGUAUGUAUUUAUCCAUGUCUUACUCUAAUUCUCUAAUUUCUAAAUAAAGAAAAAUAAUGAAAACAGUA